UCAGGAAUUGUUGCACGCUGCUUUGCGGUGAUCAGCGAAGGCUGUCAUGGAAGAAGAAGAAAAAGAAGGAACUCUCCGAGGACUGGGAAGCACCAACGGAGUCAACUGGCUAUUACUAUACCAUUGAUGAUCUUACCAAGUCCCACAAGGCAAAAACAAUGACCUUGCAGGGAAGGAAACUGUUGCUGCUGCAAUAAUGGAAGGUUGCACCAUCCCCAAGUCAUUAUUUUCGUAUUAAAACAAUUCAUUCUUUUCAUCCGUCCAUCUUGCCCAUAGUAUGGAAAACAAAACGGGUCCCCAACCAUUAUCUCUUUGCCUUCGACGUCACUCCUUAAUCCAUUCCUUUUCCUUUGCUUCCUUUUCAUUGGUCCAAAUCUUUCAUUUUCUUAUUCACAACCCUUUUUUCUCUUUUCUCUGCUGGAAGGCUACCUUGUACACUUCCAAUUCCCGAUCGCUAUUUUUUCCCAUCCUGGCUAUCAUUUAAGCAUACACCCACUUGAAAACGACCCCUGCCCACCUCUUCUGUCCCUUCAAGGAGCUUAAUUUGCAGAGCUAGAUCAAGAUCAAGAUCAAGAUCAAGAACCACCUUGAGGAAUUUCCCAAGAUGACCCUGACAUCAGCAGCCCCGGUUGAGGUGCCCAGGAGGAGGCAGGGCGGUUUUGUGGACGAGAUGAGGUCCGUGGCGAUGAAGCUGCACACCAGGGAGCAGGCAAGAGGGGGAGAGAAGGAGGCCAAGGGGCCCGAGGAGAGGUCCAUAGCUAAGUGGGACCCCACCAUUGAAGGGUACCUGAAGUUCCUGGUGGACAGUAAGCUGGUUUUUGAUACCCUCGAGGGGAUCGUCCACAAGGCUGCCCUUCCUUGCUAUGCUGAGUUCAGAAACACCGGUCUUGAGAGAUCGGAAAAUUUGGCUAAGGAUCUGGAGUGGUUCAAAGACCAAGGCCACAACAUUCCUGAACCAUCUGAUCCCGGAGUUUGCUACGCGGGUUUUCUCGAGGAUCUAUCUGAGAAGGAUCCUCAGGCAUUCAUUUGCCACUUCUACAACAUCUACUUCGCCCACAGUGCCGGUGGUCGAAUGAUCGGGAAGAAGGUUGCUGAGAAGAUACUUGAUAAGAAGCAGUUGGAAUUCUACAAGUGGGAUGGUGACCUUCCCCUCCUCCUGCAGAAUGUAAGGGAGAAGCUCAACAAAGUUUCUGAGGGUUGGACUAGGGAGGAGAAGAACCAUUGCUUGGAAGAGACGGAUAAGUCAUUCAAGUACUCAGGAGACAUACUUCGUCUGAUACUGAUAUGAUGCAUAGCUCACGAGAAAGAAUAACGAUCUUAAACUCUACAGGUCAUGUGUAAACAAUCCCUCGCGUUGCAAAUCCUCCAUCCUCCAUCCAAUUGAACUUGGAAGUAUUAUUUCUGUACAGUCGCAUGUUCAAAGAAAGUUCGAUGUUCUAUUAUGUAACCAUAAGUCCUAGUUGCCUUGUUAAUCCAUAAGGAAAAUAUAGCUACACCAGAAGCUUCUUACCUACCUAAAAUAGCAAAGGUUCAGCUCUCAGUCAAGCGAUUAUUUUCCUUAAUGUAACUCAGUGAUAUCGAAUGUACCAUAUUGUUAGUCUGGCGAAACAAUAUUUAAGUCUAAGUUUGGAAAAGUAUUGGAAUUAAAGUUGUUAGCGCACAAUUUAUAUCUGC